AAUUUAGAAUUUUUUUUUUUUUUUUUUAUGAAAACUAUAUAUUGCAGACAAUAUAGUCAUUCUUGCACUAGUCAAAUACUGGUCCUCCCAUUAGUAGUAAAUAGUGCUAGCCAGGCAGUGCUAUGGGAGAUCGCAGACUGUAAUCCCGAAGACAAUUCGCUGAGAUAACACUCAUCCACUGAAUAAUCCAUCCACUCACUCACUCCAUUGGCAGGAUCGCAACAGACGACCAGGAGGAAGCACCAGGAACAAGUACUACUACAUAGCAGCAUAACCAAACGCCACUAACAAGAAGCAAGAAGAAACGAUUACACAGAUCAAGAGAUAUACAUAUAUAUAUACAGAUACCCAGAUUACAGAUACUCUGAAAAUCCAGAUCCAGAUUCAGGUGGAGAGAGGUUAGAGACGAUAAUUAUGGACAUGAUUACAGUCGGGCAGAGCGUCAAAAUUAAGCGCACCGAUGGACGCGUCCAUGCGGCCGUGGUGGCGGUGAUUAAUCCGUCUGGCAAGUGCAUCACCGUCGAAUGGUACGAACGGGGCGAGACCAAGGGCAAGGAGGUGGAACUGGAUGCCAUACUGACCCUCAAUCCAGAGCUGGUGCACGAUACUGUUGAGCAGCAUGCCGCGCCCGAGCCAAAGAAACAGGCAACAGCACCGAUGAACCUGUCGCGCAAUCCCACACAGUCGGCCAUUGGCGGCAAUCUGACCAGCCGCAUGACCAUGGGCGGCAAUCAGCUGAACAAGAUACACGAGACUGCGGCAUCGACAUCGUCAUCCACCGGGUCAAUCGUGCCGCAUCCAUUGGGCCAUAGUAAUGGUAGCAACACCAAUACAAGCACAAAUACCAACACCCACAUCAGCACCACUAAUCCAAGCACAGCCAUCAAUUCGAGCAGCAACACCACGGGAUUGCAGCGGCCACGCUAUACACAGUCGGUUGGAGCCGUUGGCCAACAGACGCGCAUCGCGUCCGCCGUUCCCAACAACACAUUGACCAGCCAGCAGACGUCCCUGAGCUCGGGGGCGACGGCAGCGACUGCCGCCUCACUGAGCAGCAACAAUACGUCACAGGGCGGAGCACGCCGAUCGCACGCCCUCAAGGAGGUGGAACGUUUGAAGGAGAAUCGAGAGAAACGUCGCGCCCGCCAGGCCGAAAUGAAGGAGGAAAAGGUGGCGCUGAUGAACCAGGAUCCGGGCAAUCCCAACUGGGAGACGGCACAAAUGAUUCGGGAAUACCAGAGCACACUGGAGUUUGUGCCGCUGCUCGAUGGCCAGGCGGUGGAUGAUCAUCAGAUCACCGUUUGUGUACGAAAGCGUCCAAUCAGCCGCAAGGAGGUCAAUCGCAAGGAGAUCGAUGUGAUCUCGGUGCCGCGCAAGGACAUGCUCAUCGUCCAUGAGCCGCGCAGCAAGGUCGACCUCACCAAGUUCCUUGAGAAUCACAAGUUUCGUUUCGAUUAUGCCUUCAAUGACACCUGCGACAAUGCCAUGGUGUACAAAUACACAGCCAAGCCACUGGUGAGGACCAUCUUCGAGGGCGGCAUGGCGACGUGCUUCGCCUACGGCCAGACCGGAUCCGGCAAGACGCACACCAUGGGCGGCGAGUUCAACGGCAAGGUGCAGGACUGCAAGAAUGGCAUCUAUGCGAUGGCCGCCAAGGAUGUGUUUGUGACCUUGAAUACGCAGCGCUAUCGCUCCAUGAACCUGGUCGUUUCGGCCAGUUUCUUUGAGAUCUACAGCGGCAAGGUCUUUGAUCUAUUGGCGGACAAACAGAAGCUACGCGUCUUGGAGGAUGGCAAGCAGCAGGUGCAGGUGGUUGGCCUGACCGAGAAGGUGGUGGACAGUGUCGAGGAAGUGCUGAAGCUAAUCCAGCAUGGAAACGCCGCCCGAACAUCCGGCCAGACGUCGGCUAACUCGAACUCAUCGCGCUCGCACGCCGUCUUCCAGAUCGUGCUGCGUCCGAUGGGCUCCACAAAGAUACACGGCAAGUUCUCGUUCAUCGAUUUGGCGGGCAAUGAGCGCGGCGUGGACACGUCCUCGGCGGAUCGCCAGACCCGCAUGGAGGGUGCCGAGAUCAACAAGUCGCUGCUGGCGCUAAAGGAAUGCAUUCGCGCCCUCGGCAAGCAAUCGGCCCAUCUGCCCUUCCGCGUCUCCAAGCUCACCCAGGUGCUGCGCGACUCGUUCAUCGGCGAGAAGAGCAAGACCUGUAUGAUUGCCAUGAUAUCGCCGGGACUCAGCUCCUGCGAGCACACGCUCAACACGCUGCGCUAUGCGGAUCGUGUCAAGGAGCUGGUGGUCAAGGACAUUGCCGAGAUAAUGGGUCCCGGCAGCGACAACGACAUUGUCGAGGUCAUGGACGACGACGAGGAGGAGGAGAAUAAUCCCGUUCUCUCGCACGUACAGCAGGUCCAACAUCCGCACACACAUUCACAGAACUCGGUGGGUCAGUCGAUGAACCAGCGUGGCGGCGGCAAUGGCUCUCAUCAUUCGGCUUCUGGCCUCCACAACAAUAACAACAAUAACAAGAACGGAAAUGCUGGCAACAUGGACCUGGCAAUGUUGAGUUCGUUGAGCGAACAUGAAAUGUCAGACGAGUUGAUUGUACAACAUCAGGCCAUCGAUGAUCUGCAGCAGACCGAGGAGAUGGUGGUCGAAUACCAUCGCACGGUGAACGCCACACUGGAGACCUUCCUGAACGAAUCGAAGGCGCUGUACAAUCUAACCAACUAUGUGGACUAUGACCAGGAGGGCUACUGCAAGCGCGGCGAAUCGAUGUUCACCCAGUUGCAGGACAUUGCCAUUCAGUGCCGCGACAUGAUGGCCGAAUACCGCACCAAGCUGGCCAAGGAGGAGAUGCUGUCGUGCAGUUUCAAUUCGCCGAACAGCAAACGUUAG